UUGUCUUCAUAUGCAAGUGUGUUAGCUGCUCAUCGCUUUAGUGCCGGAAAUAAUUAAUUCCCAUUAAACAUCGUAAAUUUAUCUUGCGUGUUCCCCUGUUCUAGAUUCAAAUGGGGUUUACAAGGAACUGGGAUUCCUCGUGCCCACGAGUUUGGGACUCCUGGGAGACAGAUGGUACCAAAUGGGUGAUACAGGACCUGGCACCAGAAGACGACAAUACAGCUCUUGAAAUACUUGUAAACCAUCUUCUAACCGAUGAAACGUUGUGCAACCUCAGUAAUUUCUCAGAAGAUGCAGAGAGUAUUACCAGUAUUGUUAAGCUUUGGAAGAAAUUCCUGUCUCAGCGAAUGAGCCUUGGCUGUUACACUGAAAUCGAAGGAAAGAAAACUUUAGUCGCUCUAAACGUGUGCAUCGUUGAAAGUGUCGAAGAAAAACUUCCAGCGGAUGAGGUACAAGGCGUCGCGUGGAAAAACGUUUUCAAUGCGCUGGAAUACGUAGAAUCCAAAUGCAAUACCUUCGAGUAUCUCGGCGUGGAUAGAUUAUUGUACGCACUCGGUCUAGUAGUGAAGCCUGAAUUUAGAGGGCACAAAUUAGGUAGCAAAAUUUUAGCAGCUAGGGAACCUCUAUCUAAAUCUCAAGGUCUAAAAGCAACCUCCACACUGUUUACCGGACCAGCUUCACAGAAGUCAGCAGCAAGGAGUGGGUUCGAGACAAUGGUGACCAUAUCGUUGAAAGAACUCGCAGAACAAGGGUUGAACUACCCGCCAGAUGAAAAUAGAACUAUCAAAUUGAUGUACAAAAAAUAUAUAUGAUUAACCAUUCAUUUCAUAUAGUCAAUUGCAUUGUAUUUUCUAAUUUAAAUAUUGUUAUUUUUUGUCUAUUAUACCUUUUACAAUAUUUUAUACUCAAAAAUACAACAAAAAGUAAUUGUUUCUUUCCGGAAAAGGCUGUAUAAUUUUAUUUAUGAAUA